CGUUACCCGCCUUGAGAAAGAAGUAUCAGACUUGAAGCACGCCACGCCCGUAAUCUCGGUUGCAAAAGUUUUACAGCGUCUGUCUUCCCGCGUUCUGCCACGCAAAUGAAUCAGAUUCUAAGUACAAACACGACGAGAAUCUAGCACAAGCCUAGGGGUUCUACUUUUUUUUCUACUUAGCAAAUCCGCCUGUCACGAUGAGGAGCGCGCGAGAGAAGCGAGUAGCUGUUCCUGCCGCAGCGCCAUUCUUCUUCAUCUUGAUUUGUUACACUUUGGCGCCUGCUUUUGUGUCCAUUGUUUCCGGAAUCUGCUUCCGUGCAAAGACGAAAAAUCAAAGCACACACACGGGGAUCCUACUAGAGCUGAACCUAGAACCAGAAGCGUCGGGUCGUCGUGUCUUCCUAUUCUCGAGCUCGCGACGCCCUAUCUUAGAUCCGUACUCUGUUAGAGGCGACGACGAAGGGGCUACAGGCAUAUUUUACUUUAACGGUCAAACAUGUAGCCAAAAUUCAAUGCGCAACGCAUGAAAUUCGCAUAUGCAUCACCGUUAUGCAUUUUUUUUGAUUUAUUCUCUACACAGACUCUUCCCAUACUGUUUUUUCUGGUAUUUUUUAAGAUUGUCAAAAUUUUGAAAAAUUUCAGAUUGAUGAAAAAUGCUGAAACGUCACACAAAAAGUGUAGAGUUGCCAUGCUUUUGCAUACUGAAUUUAAUUCUUGUUCAUUUCCCAUUGAUCCAAUUUGUUUUGCAUUUUUAUUUUUUGACUAUUUUAGACCUUCCAAAAAAUUGAAAAUUUUGCAGAGUGAUUUUACUUGAGAAAUAAUGAAUAAAAAAGACCAGAAAAAAGACACUAUUAUGCAAAAAUUCCUUUUGUUUUAAUGUACGUGACUAAAGUAAUGCUAUUAUAGUGUGUUAUUGAGCAACUUCAAGAAUUUUACAAAAUUUCAAAAUUUUCGAAAAUUGAGAGCACUUGGAGGCGUUUGCGUUAGUCAUUAUAUACCCAGACAUCGGCUCUGCAGCCAUCCUCUUACUUAUACAAAGACAACAGUGCU